UCCUCCUAUUGACCUGGCACUCCAUCCCCUGGCAUCCCCCGACUCCUGGCAGCCCAUCCCCCGGCAUCCUGAAACCCCAUCUCCUGGCACCCCCUCCACUACUCUGACACCUCAAUCCCCGGCAUCCCCCAUGUCCUGGCACCACAUUCCCUGGCAUUCCCGUCCAUCCUGGCACUUCAUCAUCACACUGACACCCCUCACCCGAAGAUUCCCCCUCUCCCAGUCCAGGCAGCCCAUCCCUGGCAUCCCUCCAUUACCCUGGCACCCCAUCCCCCUGCCCUAGCAGCCCGUUCCCUGCUUCCCAACAUCACUCCCUGUCCCUACAGUCUCUACCCCCUGUCCCUGAAGCUGGGGGUCCCAUGCCUGGGGACACUGACCCCUGCUGUCCCCGUGCCACCGCCAGGGUGGGGCAGCCAGGACCCCCGAGGCACCCAGGCCAGCCCAUGAGAGCAGCAGGCGAAGCGUGAGGUGUGGUGGCACCUGCUGGCAUGGGGAGACCCUGCAGUGACAAACCAUUGUGGGGAGACCCCAUAGCGACAACGAAUCACUGGGACAUCCCAUAGUAACAAAGCAAUGUGGGGAGACCCCACAGUGACACACCAGCAAGGGGAGACCCCACAGUGACAGACUGAGGUGGGGAGACCCCACAGUGACACCCUCGAAGGGAAGACCCUACAACAACAAACGGGGAGAGCCCGCAGUAACAAACCUGCGUUUAGGGGAGACCCUAGAGCAGCAUGCACCGAAAGGGAGACCCCACAAGGACAAACUGGCAUGGGGAGACCCUGCAACGACAGACCUGCACCAGGGGACCCCACAACAACAGAGGAGUACCCAGGGAUUCCCUGGAGCAGCUCAGAAAAUCCUCUGGGAAGAGACUUGUGUGGGGCACCCACGUGAUACGGGGCUGUCACUGGGGAGGCCCUACAGUAACACCAGAGACUCCACACUAACACCCAGCCCCUGUAAUGCCCGAGAUCCUGCAAUAACACCGGGCACCCUGCACUAACACAGCGCCCCCGCAGUGCCCCUGACCCCACAAUAACACCAGCGACCCUACAGCAACACCCAGACCCUACAGCCCUCACCACCCUACGAUAACACCAGAGAUCCUACAGUAACACAGAGCCCCUGCAGUGCCUGAGCGCCUGCAAUAACACACAGCCACUUUAGUGCCUGAAACCCUCCCAUAAACCCCAGCCCCUGCAGUGCCCCUGACCCCACAAUAACACCAGCGACCCCACAAUAACACCAGAGACCCUAUAACAGCACGCAGCCCCCACAGUAACAGCAGCGACCCCACCGUCGCCCCGGUGACCCCACGAUAACCCCAGUGCCCCGCACUCGUGCCCGCCCGGUAUCUCCGCCUGGGGUCACCGGGCUGUCCCCCUCUCUUCUUGCCCCUCCUCUGACGUCACGGCGGCGCAGUGACGUCAGCGCGGCGCAGGGGGGCGGGGCGGGGGGCCCCAGUAAAGGCUGUGAGCGGCCGCGCUGCCUCUGUCCUUCUGUCCCGUUCCCUGCGCCACCCAGGGACCCCCUGUCCCCGUGUCCCCCGCGCUGGGGACGCCCCGGUGACGCGCGCGGGGGGCGUGGCCGGCAGGAGGGGCGUGGCCGGGGGCGCGGCCAGCGCGCGGGUUCCCCGGGGUCCCGAUAAGGCGGUGACGCGGGGGCGUGGCGGGGGCGUGGCCGCUGCGGGGGGCGUGGCCAUCGGGGCGGGUCCCCGGGGGUCCCGGCACGGCGCCGUCAUGGCGGGGGUGUUCGACAUCGACCUGGAGACCGAGGAGGGCAGCGACGGGGACGAGCCCGAGCUGGGCGCCGAGAUGGAGCUGGAGCCCCGGGGAAACGGCCUGGAGCCGGUGGGACACUACGAAGAGAUCGAGAUUUCCGAGAGCAGCGUCAACAAUGGCCCCGAGCACAUCGGCCCCCACUGCUUCGAGCUGCUCCGCGUCCUGGGCAAGGGUGGCUACGGCAAGGUGUUCCAGGUGCGCAAAGUGCAGGGCACCAACACGGGCAAGAUCUUCGCCAUGAAGGUCCUGAAGAAGGCCAAGAUCGCCUGCAACGCCAAGGACACGGCGCACACCCGCGCGGAGAGGAACAUCCUGGAGGCCGUCAAGCACCCCUUCAUCGUCGACCUCAUCUACGCCUUCCAGACGGGCGGCAAGCUCUACCUCAUCCUGGAGUGCCUCAGCGGUGGAGAGCUCUUCAUGCAGCUGGAGCGGGAAGGGAUCUUCCUGGAGGACACUGCCUGUUUCUACCUGAGCGAGAUCACGCUGGCCCUGGGUCACCUGCAUUCCCACGGGAUCAUCUACCGGGAUCUUAAGCCGGAGAAUAUCAUGCUCAACAGCCAAGGUCACAUCAAGCUGACGGACUUCGGGCUGUGCAAGGAGUCCAUCCAUGACGGCGCCGUCACCCACACCUUCUGUGGCACCAUCGAGUACAUGGCCCCCGAGAUCCUGGUGCGGAGCGGGCACAACCGGGCGGUGGACUGGUGGAGCCUGGGCGCCCUGAUGUACGACAUGCUCACCGGAUCGCCGCCGUUCACCGCCGAGAACCGCAAGAAGACCAUCGACAAGAUCCUCAAGGGGAAGCUGGUGCUGCCGCCCUACCUGACGCCCGACGCCCGUGACCUCCUCAAGAAGUUCCUCAAGAGGAACCCCAGCCAGAGGGUCGGGGGGGGCCCCGGCGACGCGGCCGAUGUGCAGAAACAGCCUUUCUUCCGCCACAUCAACUGGGAGGACCUGCUGGCGCGCAGGCUGGACCCCCCCUUCAAACCCUGCCUGCAGUCGGAGGAGGACGUGAGCCAGUUCGACACCCGCUUCACCCGCCAGACCCCCGUGGACAGCCCCGACGACGCUGCCAUCAGCGAGAGCGCCAACCAGGCCUUCCUGGGCUUCACCUACGUGGCCCCCUCGGUGCUGGAGAGCAUCAAGGAGGGGUUCUCCUUCCAGCCCAAGGUGCGCUCCCCCCGCCGCCUCAACAGCAGCCCCCGCACCCCCGUCAGCCCUGUGAAGUUCUCCCCCUUCGAGGCGUUCAAGCCGGUGGCCCCAGGCGACCCCAUGGAGCUGGGGCCCCCCCAGGCCCCCCCGCCCGAGGGCACGGCCCCCCUGCCCAUCAAACCCUCGGGGGGGGCCAAGAAGCAGAAGGGGGGCCGAGGGCGGGUGCCCAGGUAGGGGUGGGGAGGGUGGGGGGUUUUGGGGGGGGGCCUGGUGCUCCCCAUGGGGUGGGGGCGACCCCACGGUGCUGCUGGUGCUCCGGGGGGCUCAUCCCCCUCCGGCACAGCCCCCUGCCCGCCGGGUUUGGGGGCACGGGAAGAACCCCCAGGGGUGUGGCCCCCCCAGGGGUGUGCCCCCGUGGGCGUGGCCUUUUGGGGUGUGGCCCCUCUGGGGGCGUGGCCUUUGGGGUGUGGCCCCCUGGGGCGUGGCCCUGCUGCUGGAUGCGUGCCAAUUAAAGGACUUGCUGAGGAUGUGGUGGUCCCUCUGCUGGGGCUGGGGGGCCCACUGGGAGGG